AUGGCAGGUGUCUUCAAGAACGUGUUCGGCUCUCAGCCGUCGGGAGCUGCCAAUGCAGAUGAUGACUUUGCCGACUUUGUUGAGGCUCCGAAUCCAUCACCCGCGUCGCUGGUCGCCGACACGACGACCAUCCCAGCACUGAACACGCAAGGUGCCACGCCAUACACAAAAUGGUAUCGGGUCUGGGAGCGCACUUCGCCGAGCGACUUCAUGCAGGAGGCUCUGAUCAUGCCGUUUAUCCUAGUGGUCGUGCUGUUCCAUCUGUGGGGUACUCGCGCCAACCGUCGCCGCGCUCGCGAUUGGGCCAAAGCGCAUAUUCCGGCUCUGCAGAAGGAAUUUGCUGUCGUCGGCUUCGAUGGCAUUUCCCGAUCAGCUCCCGAUGAGAUCACCGUGGAGCUGUCCAACCCAGAGAAGCUGCUGAAGGAGAAGUCUGGCCAUGAGUUCGCCGCCUACGCGACUGGUCGUCAGAAUGUCGCCUUUGUGGAUGUCGCUCUGACCAUGCCCAAGCGGUACAACCCUAUCACCUAUAUUAUGGAGUACGUCUUCAGCUUCUUUUUCGAGAGCUGGGAGGCUCCCGCCGAGAAGUACGAGGCCCUCAUGUACGCCUUCGAUGGCAAGGAGAAGGACCUGGUGCCCGUUCUUGGCAAGGACACUUCGUCUGUCAAGGUUUCCAAUUCGACCUAUGAUGGCUUCAUCUGGGCCGUGGUGCACAAGAGUCACAUGCGCAAGUUCCGCACUGACCGUUACGACGCUUCCAUCACUUUCUCCAAGGACCACUCCAAGCUUCCUUCAUGGGUCACCGUCAUGAGCGAGAGCGCUGAGAUCACCGAGGCGCUGCUCACUCCCGACCUGAUUCAGGCUAUUGAGCAGGCUGGAAACAACUUUGAGUUUUUGAUUGUGACCGAUCAGCCCGUGGAUAAGCCCCUCAAGAUCAACGAGACCAUCCCCAAGAAGCGCGUUCAGCUCUCCGUCAACCUCACCUCUGAUUACUCAUCGACUCUUCCGCUGUUCAACCAGUUCCUGCGGUUCGCUGACAAGCUUGUCGCUGUGGCUCACUGGCGCCCGGAGGUGAUGCGCAAGAUCCGAAGCGUUCGCGAUGAAGAGAUCAAGAAGCUCCGUCGUGCCGAAGAGGAAGAGAAGGCCGAGGAGCGUAAGCUGGCCGCGGAGAAGAUCAAGAAGGAGGAGCGCGAACGUCUGCUCCGUGGAAUGACUGCCGAAGAGCAGCGCAAGUACCUUGACCGAGAAAGUCAGAAGGAGCAGCGCAAGUCCAUGAAGAAGCACACGCGCAAGGGCUAG